GCGCGCCCGAGCCGCUGGCCGCCCGCGCAGCCCGACGCGGAACCGGGGCGCAGCGGGAGCCCGUUCAGGGCGGGCGCGGGGCGGCGGCGGCGGCCGUCCAUGCGGCGGGCUCGGGGCUGCCCGGCGCCGGGAACCACGCGGGGGCGAGGCGAGGCGGCCACCGGCCGCUCCGGGACGCGGACCGCCAGGAUUUGAACACCACUCUCAUCUGCAGAAAAUUGGCAACAUCUCCGAGGAGCCCUUGCUUUACCUGGGACCCCCAGCAUCAUGGUUGUUCCCCGUUUCAUGGAGUCUUUCAGUGUCCUGGGUUCCCUCCUGCUGCUUGGAUUCCAGCUCGUCUGCCCACAGCCCUCCACUGAACACAGAAAGGUCCCGCAGCGGAUGGUGGCGGCGGCCGAAGGCGCGCAGGAGGACGGCGGCGGAGGCGCCCCGGGCGUCUGGGGCGCCUGGGGGCCCUGGUCCGCCUGCUCGCGCAGCUGCAGCGGCGGCGUGAUGGAGCAGACGCGGCCCUGCCUGCCCGGCUCAUACCGCGCGCGCACUGGCCCGCGGCCCGGAGUCCCCGCGCGCGCCUUCGCGGGCCACGUGGUGUCGGCCGUGCGCACGUCGGUGCCGCUGCACCGGAGCCGCGAGGAGCCGCGCGCGCCGGCCGGCCUCAACGCCAGCCGCCAGGGCCCAGUGCUGCGGGGCAGCCGGCACCCGCAGCCCCGCGGCCGCGAGCCCGCGGCGGAGAGAAGGAGCAGGACCCGAGGUCCCAUCGGCCCUGGCAAGUAUGGCUAUGGUAAGGCGCCGUACAUCUUACCACUGCAGACGGACUCUGCCCACUCACCGCAGAGGCUUCGGAGGCAGAGGCCCUCAUCUCGGCAUUCGAGGUCCCAGGGAGCAUCUGGUUCUAGCCCUGGCUACAGCCCGCCAGCCUACCGGGCCCCCCAGCAUGGGCCUCUGUACCAGAGUGACAGUGGCCCUCGUUCUGGACUGCAGGCCUCAGAGGCCUCCAUCUACCAGCUGCCUUUGACCCAUGAUCAAGGCUUCCCUGCAGCUUCAAGUCUCUUCCAUAGCCCAGAAACAGGCAGCAGCCAUGGCACUGGGGCCCACAGGGCAGCUCAGAGCUUCUCCCAGCCUGCCCGGUCUACGGCAAUCUCCUGCAUCGGGGCCUAUCGGCAGUACAAGCUGUGCAACACCAACGUGUGCCCAGAAAGCAGUAGAAGUAUCCGGGAGGUACAGUGUGCAUCCUACAACAACAAGCCGUUCAUGGGCCGGUUUUAUGAAUGGGAACCAUUUGCAGAAGUAAAGGGCAAUCGGAAGUGUGAAUUGAACUGCCAGGCAAUGGGCUACCGCUUCUACGUACGGCAAGCUGAGAAGGUCAUUGAUGGUACCCCCUGCGACCAGAACGGCACGGCCAUCUGCGUGUCUGGGCAGUGCAAGAGCAUUGGCUGCGAUGACUACCUAGGCUCCGACAAAGUCGUGGACAAAUGCGGGGUGUGCGGAGGCGAUAACACGGGCUGUCAGGUUGUGUCGGGCGUGUUUAAGCAUGCCCUCACCAGCCUGGGCUACCAUCGAGUUGUUGAGAUUCCCCAAGGAGCCACAAAAAUCAACAUCACCGAGAUGUACAAGAGCAACAACUAUUUGGCCUUGCGAAGUCGUUCUGGCCGCUCCAUCAUCAACGGGAACUGGGCAAUUGACCGGCCUGGAAAAUAUGAGGGUGGAGGAACGAUGUUCACCUACAAGCGUCCAAAUGAGAUCUCGAGCACUGCUGGAGAGUCCUUUUUGGCCGAAGGUCCCACUAAUGAGAUCUUGGAUGUCUAUAUGAUACACCAGCAGCCUAACCCAGGAGUCCACUACGAGUACGUUAUCAUGGGGACCAACGCCAUCAGCCCACAGGUGCCACCUCACAGGAGACCAGGGGAGCCCUUCAAUGGCCAGCUGGUCACAGAAGGAAGGAGCGCGGAGGAGGGAGAAGAGAAAGAGAGGAAUGAGGAGAAGGAAGACCUGCACGGUGCGGCACCUGAAAUAUUCACCUCAGAAGCAGCACAGCCCUUCCCGGUCAGGCAUCCAGACAGAUUUUCUUCCCACCAUCCAGACAAUUUGGUGCCACCAGCACCACAGCCCCCACGGCGAAGCCGGGAUCACAACUGGAAACAGCUCGGGACAACAGAAUGCUCGACGACCUGUGGGAAAGGCUCGCAGUACCCUAUUUUUCGCUGUGUGCACAGAAGCACUCACGAAGAGGUCCCUGAGAGCUACUGUGACUCCAGCAUGAAGCCGACCCCGGAGGAGGAGCCCUGCAACAUCUUCCCUUGCCCAGCCUUCUGGGACAUCGGGGAGUGGUCCGAGUGCAGCAAGACCUGCGGCCUGGGCAUGCAGCAUCGCCAGGUUCUGUGCCGCCAGGUGUACGCCAACCGCAGCCUGACGGUGCAGCCCUACCGCUGCCAGCACCUGGAGAAGCCCGAGACCACCAGCACCUGCCAGCUCAAGAUCUGCAGCGAGUGGCAGAUCCGGACGGACUGGACCUCGUGCUCAGUGCCUUGUGGAGUGGGACAGAGGACCCGAGACGUGAAGUGUGUGAGCAACAUUGGGGACGUGGUUGACGAUGAGGAAUGCAACAUGAGGCUCCGGCCGAAUGACAUUGAGAACUGCGACAUGGGACCCUGUGCGAAGAGCUGGUUCCUCACCGAGUGGAGUGAAAGGUGCUCGGCAGAGUGUGGGGUCGGAGUGCGGACACGCUCGGUGGUGUGCAUGACCAACCACGUCAGCAGCCUGCCCCUGGAGGGCUGUGGGAACAACCGGCCAGCGGAGGCCACCCCGUGUGACAACGGGCCCUGCACGGGCAAGGUGGAGUGGUUUGCGGGGAGCUGGAGUCAGUGUUCCAUCGAGUGUGGGAGCGGGACCCAACAGAGGGAGGUGAUUUGUGUUAGGAAGAAUGCAGAUACUUUUGAAGUGCUUGACCCCUAUGAAUGUUCCUUCCUGGAGAGACCCCCCAGCCAGCAAUCCUGCCACCUCAAGCCUUGUGGGGCCAAAUGGUUUAACACAGAAUGGAGCAUGUGCUCCAAGAGCUGCCAGGGCGGUUUCCGGGUCCGGGAAGUGCGCUGUCUGUCAGAUGAUAUGACCCUAAGUAAUCUCUGUGACCCUCAGUUGAAACCAGAAGAGAAAGAAUCUUGUAACCCUCAGGACUGUGUCCCUGAAGUUGAUGAAAACUGCAAGGACAGGUACUACAACUGCAACGUGGUGGUCCAGGCGCGGCUCUGCGUCUACAACUACUACAAGACGGCCUGCUGCGCCUCCUGCACUCGCGUGGCCAACAGGCAGCUGGGCUUCCUGGGGAGCAGAUAACACACCCACACCCCGUCAGUAGGGCUGGACAGGGAGUCUGUGAGCAGUGGGACUGGCUGGCUCCUGCUCCACCAGGGGCUCCCUGGCCCGAUGCGCUGCCAGCCAACUGAGUCAUCACCUCCGUGUAAGGUGUACACGUGGUUCCCAGGAGCAAAGCCACGUUGUCCUUUGAGCAUCGCCAUAAACUGAUCAUCCCCUCCUUGGGAAACGUGGCAUCUGCCAACUGUGCUCCCUGAAAACCAAGCAGUGGGGAGUGCGCGUGGCUCUCAGCCAGACUCCCAGCCUGCACUUUCUAGGUCAGCGGUCGGGCCCUGACUGGGCACUGCCUUGUCCCUGGUGCUACCGGCCUUUCCAAUAUCAGCGCCCUUGGGGAGUCGGAGGGGCAGUGCCCACCCCAGAGCCCCAGAAGCCUUGCUGAGACGCCCACUUCCCUGUUACCUCAGCCCACAGUGCCUGUUUUCAUUCUCGAAGACGUUAGGCUGUUUUCCUGCCUUACGACACAGAUAUCUCCUGUCAGUAUAGAGCUUUAUUGUUCUGCAGGUGUAUUCACAGAUAUUAGCUCAUAGCGGCUCACAGCGCCUCAGAAUGGGAGGCAGGGAAUGAAUCAUUAUCCCCAUUUUACUGACAAGGAAACUGAGACUCAACUUAGGUAACUGAGCUGCCGGGUACGGUCACCCGUUCAGUGGCAGAGCUGAGUCCCGACCCCAAGCGUCUGACCACAAAGCCCUCACCCCGAGGCCUUAGUCUUGGGUCUGCGGGAUGUGGCUUCAUUUCAGACCGAGAGGCUGAGAAGUUUCCGGUUCAGCACAUGAAACCCAGGCCUUUGAGUUUUCCUCUGACCAGAGGUCAGGACGUCAUCCCCUGCGCUCAGUUGUUUCAGAAGUCUGUUUCUAUUUAUGCCUUCCCCCAGGAAGUCAUGGAUCCUGGUUACAGCACUCUGCAGGUUUGUUAAACCCCAUCAGGAAUGGAAUUGUCCCAUGAGAUGAGAAGGCCAUUGGAGGGCAACAAGGUGACUGCCUGAAACACUGAUUCUGUUCCCCAGUGAUAGGUUCCUCCCAUGGAAUCACACAUCAGGGUCCCGUUGGCCACAGAGCCUUUCAGGUCCCCGACCAGGUUUCCCGACAGCUCUGCCCUAGGCUGUCUCCCCUCCUUAGCCGUCUCUCCUGGGCUGUUCACACUCAUCACCCAGGAAUCCCAACCAAGCUAUCCCAGCAAACCCUGCACUUCCAUUAGAAAGAGUCUCCCUUUGCUCUUUCUUGAUUGACUUAUGGAUUUCUCUCUGUGACUUUGCAUCCCUCCUUUCUCCCAUGACUCACAACCCAUAUCCUCCCCUUCCAGACUUCAGCAUUAAGAUCUACGUUAAUACAGCCAACCUGGGAGAAGGGGCUGUGAACUCUUCCAGUGAUGGCCACAGCGGCAGGGUCUUCCCUGCUUCACUUCCCCUAACUCUGUAGUUCGAGAGGCCUCAGGCUGGAAGGCGGGUACAGUACAUAUGGAAAGGUGAACUAGCUGAAAAACCAGUUAAGAAGAAGAAAUAUAUAUAUAUAUGUAUUUUAGAUAUAUUCUUUCACUCACUCAUUAAGAAAACUAUCAGGCUAAACAAAUUGUAAGCUUGUAGAAAAUUUAUCUUAUUUAGUACCAUGCUCCCUGGCCUGUUUCCCUUUGAAAGCACGCCUGGAUUCUCAGCAUUUGAGUUUCUGCUGUGAGCCCUUUCCCCUGAAAAUCUGCUAAUCUGAUGAUCAUUUGGGGCUUUUGGAAGCAGACGCCAGCCUGGUCUGAUGCACUCCAUCAGCUUCCCACGACCCUAGGGUUUUCAGAAACUCUAGCUGGCCUUUCUGUGGGUGUCCUUCUCUUCCUAGAGAGCCCCAGCCAUCACUUCCCUGAAGCACCCCCAUCUCUCCUGAUUUUAUGGAACUUGUGCAAUAAGCCACUGGGCUGAGGCCCAGGAGCUCAUGCCCACCAAGCAAAAGGAGACCAGAGAAGCCAAGCGUGUGGUGUCCCGCCCAGGGACCACUCUCUCCCUCUCACCACUUGCUUUUGCUUCCUGUCUCAGGGGAGUUUUUCCUUUGUAUGGCUGCUCUCAGAUCUUGCUGAGCUAGCCAAUCAUUGGAAGGAUUUCUUAAAAGAUGCUUUCUUCCAUGCUGAAGGGCAGAGCAAGAUCAAUGGGUGGAAGAGCAGAAAAGCUGAUGUCAGCUCAAAUUAAGGGAAAAGCUUCUAGCCAUCGAAGCUGCCCAGGAGAGGCAUGGACCACCAUACAUGAGUGAGCUCUCCAUCCUAAAAGGGAGUUCUCCAUAUGGCUGGAGGUGAACAUCCCAGGUCCUUAAUUUGGGAUUCUCACAACUGGGCUAGGUCAAUGAUGGCUUUGUCUCCUUGACAUCUAACAUUGUCCUGUGGCCGCCACACGCUACCCAAAAGGGCAGCGAUCCUCCUGUGAGAGUGGCCGUCAUGUAGUUGUGGGACUGGGUGGGAGCAAGUGGAUCAAUCUCAUGUCUUCAGGGGGAAAAAGUACCUUAAUUAGGGGUCUUUUUUAUCUUCCAACAAAUAGUUGAGCUAUUCUUGGAAUUCACUCAUCUCUGAAGAGGUUCUAAAUUACUAGAACAGGGGUUUUAUCAACUUAUUUGUCUUAGAAAUCCAAUUUUUACUAGGAAAUUAUCCUUGUUUCUUAUAUCAAUAUCUAAAUGCCUUUGUCCUUAGCACAACACAUAUGAUCCAGUCCUUUAGUAUUUCCAGUGAUAACUUUCCUGGGUGGGACCUUCUGAUGACUCUCUCCCUCCGGGCAUGCCUCCUCCCCCUUUCUUGGCCCCCCAUUGCUUCAGCCUCUCCUCUCCGUUAUCUGCCAUCUCCUUGUCCAUCCUCUCCCUGUUCCCUUAAAUGGCCAUAAUGCAGAACUGAAAUUUACAUUUUCAUACUGCUUUUUUCCCCCUAUGUACUAGAUUGCCGCAUUCUCUGCUCUGAAUUUUAAAAUUAAAUGAAUUAAAGCUGUUACAUGUUUUUCUCACAAAAUCAACAAAGCUCCAAACAGAAAUAGUUUUCUUUUUUACUUUCACUUACUUAAGAAAGAAAUUGUGCCCCCUUGCAGCCUAGGCGAAGGCCAUUUAAUGCAGUGGGCCCUGCCCAUCCUCACGUCGACUUGCAUUUCUCCCCAUAGAAAAGGAAUAGUAUAAAAGAGGUGACGCUAAAAAAAAAAAAAAAUGUUGUAAACCCGGCCACUAGAGGGAGCCAGUUCAGUUCAUUAAAGGCAUGUUGAGCGCCCACUACCUUCCAGCUAAUCUGGAACCGAGAUGAGCAAGGCCUGUGCUUGCCCUCGGGGAGCUACAGUGUGAUGCUAGCGCUCAGAUCUGUCCCUUUGCCUUACUUCUCGGUCCAGGGUUCUUGGAGUUUGGUUUUUUCUUCAUUUCCUUCAGUAUGCAUCAUUUACUUAUCUUCAAAGUGUUGAGCAUUCAACACUCUUUUUCCUUUACAAAGAUUGGCCUUACAGAGGGAUGAAAAAUGAGAGACACUAGCUUAAUUUAUUUUCAUCAAGUUGUGUGGCAGAGAGAGAAAUCUAGAGGUUACUAGUACCUUUCUAAACUAGUGGCGCCCUGUUUUUUUUUAAUGGAAUCAUUUUAGAAUUGGAAUAUCAGUUUUCUAAUGUGGAACACAUAAAUAUAAGUGGUAAAAAGAAACGUGACUUCUCCUAAAACAGGCUAAAUAACCAAACCUGAGGGAGCCCAAAUUAGCCUGGCAGGCGGAGGCCAACAUUGGAUCUUUGCCAUGUGAAACAUUUUUAAUACAGCUUCGAUGGGAAGUUAGACGCCUUACUGAUAAAAUUGGUGGAUGGCACGAAUUUGGAGAGCUAAUGGCUUGAGUGACAGGUUCUGGAUCCGAAAAGAUCUAGGAGACUAGAACAAAACCUGGAUCUUAGAAAUUCACCAGGGAACAACAUGAAGUCCUCCCUUUGGAUUGAAAAAUAAAUAAAUAAAAAGUAUACAAGUUCAAGAUGGGAAAGAUGUAAGAGUUUCAGUUGACUAAGCUUACUGUGAGUCAAGAAAGUGGGAUGGAACCACCCAAAGAAAACACAGGGGGGAAAAAAUGAGACAUUUAGGCUACAGAAGGAGAAAACAUUGGUGAGAGUCAUACCAUAUUAUAUUUGCUAUUGUCGGAAACUUUAAGAAUGUUGAUAACGUUUAGCAUUCAGAUGAGCAUGCUCAAUCCUGAUGAGGGGUGCAGACUAUUAAAAACAGUGACAAGGACUUCAUGAGAGUAUUUAGCUUGGAGAAAAAGAGACUUGAGAUAGCUCUGCAGAAGAACCAAGAGCCUUCAGAAGGCUCUGUGGUCAGCGGUGACUGACCAGUCACUGGGAGGUCUCAGCAGAGGCUGAAUGGCCAUCUGUCAGAGAUGCUGGAGAGUGCAUUCCAGCACCCAACUGGAGCCACAUGCUUUUAAGAUCCUUUCCAAGUCUGGGCUUUGGUAACUCUCUCAGUAGUACAGUUUUAAGUGAUCCGCCUGGCCUGGAAUGGCAAGUACACAGCAGAAGUUAUUUCCCAUUUCUCUGCCGUUUUGAACCCAGUCUGGCCCUCCUCCCCUGAGCUGAAUGUGGCCUCACACCUCAAAGAACCACUAGCAGAUUGCUCAGAGCUGCCCUGUCUGGUCCUGCUUCACAGAUCUGUAACCAAACGUCCUGAUGGCUAGUUCCCUGCCCAGGGUCACACAUCUUGAUCAGGGCAGAGCCUUGACUAGACUAGGACCCUCCAAAUAGCAUCUCUCUCUCUCUCAACUCGCCUUGCUUUCCUGCACCUUUGCCGGAGCGAAGUUAUUGUCUCCACCCUGAACCAUCCCACGCUCCUGGUUCUAUUCAGUGUGACAGUGGGAGACUUCCAUUGUGCUGAGGAAACGUGACCACUGGAGGGGGGGAGCUUCCAGCCAGCUUUCCCAGCAUCUUCCAGACGUUGAGCCCUUUGCCUCACUGAGAGGAAAGCCAUUCUGUUACAUAACUAACUUCCACCUGCCUUGAUCCCCAGAUCCCCAGGCUCAGUUUGACAGAAGGAUAUACUUUGUUAUAACUUAUUAUUUUGUUCUUUGUAAAUACAAGAUGUCUAUAGGAAAUGUGUAUUCUGAACUCUAUUGGCAGAAUGAGUCACUACACCAAAAUAGUUCUAUUAUUUAGAAUAUGUUAAUUUUAAAGGGACCUUAUAGGUAUUUAUUUACAUAUGCGAUCCACAUUUGUGUAAAAUCAUUUGAUCCUACUAACCCAGCUACCUGGAAAGUUGCUACACGAUGUCUUAUUCUAAGUCCAUACUUAGAAUUUAGUAUACUGAUUAGUCAAAUUCCUUGGGUUUUAAAAUCGAAUAUAAAUUACUCUGCUUUUCGACUCGUUCAGGGGUUUUUCACCCUGGCAUUGUACCUGAAACAGGUCUGUCUGGAUUGCCACCUUUCCAUCUUAAAUAUUAUAUUUGCUCAUAUAAUCCGCCCUCUCCUCAUCCCCGAACAUUUGGCAAAGGAAAUACGAGAGCCUUUCUCGUCCCUUCUGUGUGUGCGGCCUCAUUGGUUAGACCCAGCAGCAGUAAGGGCGCGGCUUGGUGAGCGCUGCCGAGGAGGCAGGGCGGCGGCAGGGCCGGGGAGGGGCUGGAAGGGUGGGGAGGGGCUGGAAGGGACGGGGAGGGGCUGGAAGGGAGGGGAGGCGUUUCCCGCUCUGCCCACGCCUCCAGGGUCCCCAAUGGGACUGCUGGGGCGGAGCUCUGAGUUGUCCUGGCAACUGCACAGCCCGGAGCAAGGAACCCUCUGAUGCUCCAGCGACUCCAUGUCACCCUUGUGGUGUUAAAUUAUUGUUUAAGGAGGAUAGAAGGUGAAUUAUGUGAGUAAAUACAGUCUGUUUUCUCUUCAGCCAAAAUGACAACUAUUUUUGUGUAUGACUAAUUUAUUUUUAUUACUGUAAAAAUACAAUAAACUGGUUAAAAGAUCA